UUUGAUAUUGAGCAUUUGUGAUUUGCCUCGUGUUGUGAGGACGGAGAAAGGGUUUUAGAGACACCCGGAAAAGGGCCAUCUCUCGUUAUCAGCGUCACAAAUUCAGGAAUUCUUAGAAGAUGAAGCUGAAGCAAUUGGAAAGCUUGUUAGGUGAUCUUGAGCAAUUCUCCAAUCCAAAGGUGGAACUGGAGCAGUACCCAACUGGUCCUCACAUUGCUUCUCGCAUGCUUUACACGGCAGAGAAUUCGUUUGGAGAUAUAUGUAACAAGGUCGUGGCUGAUUUUGGCUGCGGCUGUGGUACAUUAAGUGCUGCUGCUUGUCUUUUGGAUGCAUCGCAUGUGAUUGGUUUUGAUGUUGACCCUGAUUCUCUCGAAACAGCAAUACUAAAUGCAGAGGAACUUGAGCUGGACAUAGAUUUCAUUCAGUGUGACAUAACAAGCCUGAAAUUGAAAGGCCAGCUUGUUGAUACUGUUGUAAUGAACCCUCCCUUUGGAACACGGAAGAAAGGUGCUGACAUGGAUUUUCUCUCCGUCGCAAUGAAGGUUGCAUCUCAGGCUGUUUAUUCCUUGCAUAAGACAUCCACAAGAGAACACAUAAAAAGGACGGCUUUGCGUGACUUGGGUGCAAAAAGUGCUGAAGUUCUGUGCGAGCUGCGUUAUGACUUGCCAAAGCUCUACAAGUUUCACAAGCGGAAAGAAGUAGAUAUUUUCGUUGAUCUCUGGAGGUUUGUGCCUGGUACGGGCUAGGACCUGAAUCUUAAGAAGGUAAAGCCAAAUGUUUUGGAAUUGUUUUAGCCUUCAAAAAGCUCUUGCUUUGGCCUGGUGAAGUAUAUGUAAUCUUUGUCCUUUACUAUCAAGAAGAUCAAGUCCUUCUGUUCGUCCUUCCAAUAACAUACGCAAGAAACUAUUUUAUUGA